AUGGGCCCUGCUGGUAGUGCCUUCCUACUAUCCCUUCUACUGGGGUCUUGCCCAAGUUCUUCCCCCAAAAAGAAAGAUCUGCAAUCAGUGUGUGGACGACCUGUAUACUCAGGCCGUGUUGUAGGUGGCCAGGAUGCUGCUGCAGGGCACUGGCCUUGGCAAGUCAGCGUGCUCUUGGGCCAGAACCAUGUCUGUGGAGGGUCUCUCAUCAGUGACAGGUGGAUACUGACAGCAGCACACUGCUUAAAAAAGAACUGGAUUCCUUUGUUGUAUACUGUGCAGCUGGGAUCGAUUCAGAUAGACCAACCAAGUCAAAGUGUGAAGCAUCGUGUGUUCAAAAUUAUUAUCCAUCCCCAAAUUCAACAUACAACUGCAGACAUCGCCUUGUUGAAACUGGUCUCUAGAGUCACCUUUACCUCUUUCAUCCUGCCCAUCUGCUUGCCCUGGAUCACAAAGCAGUUGAAAAUUCCAGCCUCUUGCUGGGUGACUGGAUGGGGAAAGGUUAAAGAAGAUACUGAUUACCCCUCCAUCCUCCAGGAAGCAGAAAUAUCCGUCUUUGACCGCCAGACCUGUGAACAACUCUACAACCCAAUCGGCUCCAUGCUGCCAGAAUCGGAACCUGUCAUCCAAGACGACGAGAUAUGUGCUGGUGAUACAGCUAAAAUGAAGGAUACUUGCAAGGGUGAUUCUGGAGGACCUCUGUCAUGUCAUAUUAACGGUGUAUGGACCCAGAUAGGACUAGUAAGCCGGGGAAUAGGCUGUGCUGAAUCUCUCCCUGGAGUCUACACCAGCGUGAUCUACUAUCAAAAAUGGAUUAAGACCACUAUCUCAAGAGCUGAGGUCUUGGGUGCCAAUAAUUUGGACUUAUCUGACUUCCUGUACCUUACUGUACUGCUCUCUCUGGCUCUCCUGGGACCCUUCUGUGCCUUUGGGCCUAACAUUUUAAGGAGAGUAAACAGUAUAGCUAAAGCCACUGGCCAAGGGCUGUUAAAUGGCAACCUCCUUUCCCCAAGUCAGGUGAAGUCCGCAGCGCUGAACUUGCUGCUUGCUUUGACGCCCUACAUGCCAUCUAUCACUUGCCCGGCCGGUCACGCCUUCCUCAGGGGCCUGGGGCUUUUAAGCAGCAGCACCGGCUGCAAUAACGGGGACUCCUAUCUUCCCAGCGUCGCUCUCACCUGA